CCCCAGCUGCCGUUGUUCUCCCAGUAAUCGUCACUCUCAUUUCGCUGCUUUAUACUUUAUUUGUUUUCCAUAGUGAUCACCCACUCCCACCAAAUCGGCAGGGUCAUACUCCCUUUGGUUUUGAAAAAAACAAAAAAGAAGCCUUUCCAUCAAAACAGAAGUCGAUUGGAGAAGCUACUCUUAUUAUCAUAUUAACAAGCAAGAGAGGAAGGGUGGAAGAGAGACGUCAGUUCUUCUUGGUGUGGACAAGAAUUAGCUACGAUGACGAGGAGCGACGGCGGAGGAAGCAGGGAUGGGGGUCUGAAGAAGGGACCGUGGACGGCGGUGGAAGACGCGAUCCUGAUGGAGUACGUGCGGAAGCACGGAGAGGGCAGCUGGAACACCGUCCAGAAAAACACCGAGCUGGCCCGCUGUGGGAAGAGCUGUCGUCUCCGCUGGGCUAACCACCUCCGCCCCAACCUCAAGAAGGGCGCCUUCUCCCCCGACGAGGAGCUCCUCAUCCUCCGCCUCCACGCCCAGCUAGGCAACAAAUGGGCCCGCAUGGCCGCCCACUUGCCGGGAAGGACCGAUAAUGAGAUCAAGAACUACUGGAACACGAGGAUCAAACGGCGGCAGCGCGCCGGUCUCCCAUUGUACCCUUCAGAUAUCCAGCGCGAGUUGGCCCUCAAACGGCAACGCCUCCACCGCAACCACCCACCCUCCACCAACCCCCUCGCUCCUAUACUCACUAACAACACCACGAUUACCCAUUUCUCGAGCCCCCCUUCUUCACUAUUGGAUCCCACUGGCUGCCUCUCGACGCCAACCUCGACAACCUUUAAUGUACCGUUGCCACCUCCAGGCCACCACCUUCCCUUCCCCUCACGUAGUAUGUUUCAUCCUCAGCAGCCGCAGCAGCAACAGAUGGAAUUUAAUUUUGGAACUUUUGGCUUGAACUCACUUCCCCUGCCACCCCCGGUUUUCCCUAACAAGAUGGAGCUCCCUUCGACCCAAACGUUCACAGAGCUGCCUUUCAGUGGCGGCCUUCUGGAUACCCUGUUGCAGGAGGUGCAAGCUGGUGGGGAUUUGCAGAGCAAUGGGUUGCUGCCAGAACUGGUUUCCUGUGAUCAGGACGUGAAAUGGAACCACCUUUGUGUUGGUUGUGCUAGUGGUGAAGGCAGUGGCUGCAAAGGAGUUACUUCGCCACAGGAUGGACUGAUGGAGUCUGAUGCCAAGUGGGCUGAUUGGAAUUGGUCGAUUGGGCAGGAAAUCCGAUGAAGAAAGAACCAACAGAAAAUGAUACCAGCCCCGUGGAAGAGGGCGUAUGUCAACUUCUCAAUAUGAUCCCAACUGUGAACGGAGCAGCAACAACACCAGUCUCUGAAUGGUAUAAAAGAGAUAGUGGAGAGAUCUCAAAUGGGCAGUCAUCAGUUAUUACUGUAGAAGACGGUGGGCUCGAGAUGCAGCAACUGGUUUUGCCGCUUCCAAAUCCCCCAGAGGGCCAAGAUUUGAGCAUCAGGUCCUACCCUUGGAACAACAUGCCAGGGAUGUGCUGAUACGCAAACAGCAGUAUAGUGUAAGGACUUCGCUUUCCUUGUGAACGUGGUUGGGUAGCUCAAGUUCUUUGAGCUUAUUAUUUCUGAAAGAGGUCAAAUUGGCUGUGUAAUUUUAUGAACUUUGAUCUAUUGAAUAUUUCUAAUAUACUUUUUUCUUUUUGUUUUUAUGUAACUACCAUUUUCAAGU